UGCGGGAGGCCGCCGGGCCACGCCCCCUCCCCGCCCACGUCCGCGCUGCCCAAUCCCCGAGCCGCUCUCUGUGACCUCCCUGCCUAGCAACCGCCGAGUCUCUCCGUGCCUCCCGCCGCCCUCGCUAGCCCAGCCCUAGCAACCACGCCCCGCCCCUCCUGUCUUUGGGCCCCAGCAAUUGGCUGACUCUCUUGAUCCGGAUCAAGUAUUGGUCAGCAGCGCUCUUGGAGCGUCCCCAUCCUUAGGAAGCCGCAGGUCCCAAGCUGGAGGCGGAAAAAACGAACCGAACAGUGUAAGGCGGCGCGUGCCAACCGGCCCUUCCACCUGUGGGGUUGAGACCGGCUGCCUGGCUGGGAGGGGUCUUCAGUCAACCCUGGACUAGCUGAUCAUGAGCACCAUAAAAGAACAGGCAGCAAUCAGCAGGCUCCUGAGCUUUUUGCAAGAGUGGGACAAUGCCGGCAAAAGCCUUCGUGUUCAUAUCCUCACCAGGUUCAUCGAAAGCAAUGAAGGCAAGACUGGCCCCGAGCUGGAGCUGGAGUUCUCCCAGGGAGCUAGCUUGUUCCUCAUACGGCUCACCACCUGGCUUCGAAUCACCUAUAUGACUGGCUUGGAUUUAGAAAAGAUCCUGAGGUCCAUUGGCAUCUUCUUGUCAGCUGUGAGCAGCAAUCGGUACCUGAUAGAAUUUCUUGAGAUUGGAGGUGUCCUAACUCUGCUGGAGAUACUUGGCCUAGAGAAGAUCAAGGAAGAGGACAAGAAGGAAUCCAUCAAACUACUUCAGAUCAUCGCAAACACUGGCAGGAAGUACAAGGAGCUCAUCUGUGAGAGCUACGGAGUGAGAGCCAUAGUGGAGUUUCUGGCGAAGUCUAAGUCAGAAGAGACGCAGGAGGAAGUGCAGGUCCUGCUGGAUACCUUGGUUCAUGGCAAUCCCAAGUACCAGAACCAGGUGUACAAAGGUCUGAUAGCUCUGCUGCCCUGUGGGUCCCCGAAAGCGCAGCAGCUGGCCCUGCAGACUCUCAGGACGGCCCAGUCAAUCGUUGGAGCGACACACCCCAGCAUCGUAGACCAUGUGCUGAAGAUUUUGACCACGGUGCACCUGGAAGUCCAGUAUGAAGCCAUCGAGCUGAUAAAGGACCUGAUCCACUACGAUGUGCGCUUGCCUCUGCUCAAGGGCCUCGUGACACUGCUUAUCCCAUCAGCCAAGGAUACAUCCAAACUGCAGGCCAAGAUCUUCACUGAUUCUUCACUUCUCCAGAUCACAAACCAGCUACCUGUGUUCCUGCAGCAGGCUGCAGCUGCCAAGACCAUUGGGAUCCUGGCACGCAGUGACUUCAGCCUGGCAGAGGACCUACUGCGCUUGCGCGUGGUCCACUGCCUGAUGUCGGCCAUGGGCAACACGGACCACAGCAACAGCCAGAGGCUGGCCAGCCUCACACUGGAGUACUUCGUGCAAAUGUUCUCAUUGGUGGAAGAACAUGUCCGCAAGUCCAUGGGGGAGGAACUCUACCAGCUCUUCCUUAGCAAUGCCGAGCUCUUGUACACAAAAAUGGAUAGCGUUCAGGCGGACAUCUUGGCAGCCAACAAAGUCAAUGUUAGCAGAGCGUUAAUCCUCACUGAAAGCAAAGACUCCAGCAGCUUUUACUUGCGCGUUGGAGGUUCGAAUCAGGUGGAAGAGGACACCCAGUUGGAGAAGCCUAAAUCAGAAUCCCAGGAGUGACAGAGCCCCUGUGGCAAAGCAGGAAGGCUGAGGCUGUGUUUGGGGGAAGCCUGUCCGGCAGGCCCUGGGUGGGAAGCUGGGAGUGGGGCAGAGGGGAGGCCGUUGCCAGAGAAGAGCCUAAUAAAGUCUUU